CAGUGCCGUGAGCCCCACCCAAGGCUCGCGCUGAAAAGGUGGGCUCCCGGCGCGGGCGCAUGCGCGCUGUGGGCGCUGGUGCGGGACAGCUGGCGCCGGCAGCAACCCAGGAUCCUGAGACGGCGGCCGCAGCGGCCCAGAGCAAGUUGCGCUGCAGGGAGCCGCCUCCCCGGAACAGAAGGAGCCUUGGCUGCCGACGGACCCUUCCUCGCUUUUGGAAAUGGCGGGCGAAAUCACAGAGACCGGGGAGCUCUAUUCUCCCUACGUCGGACUGGUGUACAUGUUUAACCUCAUCGUGGGCACCGGUGCACUCACCAUGCCCAAGGCCUUUGCCACUGCCGGGUGGCUUGUCAGCCUGGUCCUGCUGGUGUUUCUGGGCUUCAUGAGCUUUGUGACUACCACGUUUGUGGUGGAGGCCAUGGCAGCAGCCAAUGCUCAGCUCCACUGGAAGAGGAUGGAAAACCACCAGGAGGAGGAAGACGACGACUCCUCCACGGCCUCCGACAGUGAUGUUCUUGUCCAGGACAACUACGAGCGGGCGGAGAAACGGCCAAUCCUGUCUGUGCAGAGACGUGGAUCUCCGAACUUUUUUGAGAUCACAGACCGGGUGGAAAUGGGACAGAUGGCCUCCAUGUUCUUCAAUAAAGUGGGGGUCAACCUGUUCUAUUUCUGCAUCAUCAUUUACCUGUAUGGGGACCUGGCCAUCUAUGCUGCCGCCGUGCCCUUCUCCCUCAUGCAAGUGACCUGCAGCGCCAUGGGCAACGACUCCUGCGGCGUGGAGGCCGACACCAAGUACAACGACACGGACCGGUGCUGGGGGCCGCUGCGCCGAGUGGACGCCUACCGCAUCUACCUGGCUGUCUUCACUCUCCUCCUCGGACCCUUCACCUUCUUUGACGUCCAGAAGACCAAGUACCUGCAGAUCCUAACGUCGCUGAUGAGAUGGAUCGCUUUCGCCAUCAUGAUUGUGCUGGCCCUGGUCCGCAUCGGGCACGGGCGUGGGGAGGGGCACCCGCCCCUGGCCGACUUCUCCGGCGUCCGGAACCUGUUCGGGGUGUGCGUCUACUCCUUCAUGUGCCAGCACUCCCUGCCGUCCCUCGUCACCCCUGUCUCCUCCAAGCGCCACCUCACGCGCCUGGUCUUCCUGGACUAUGUGCUGAUCCUGGCCUUCUACGGCCUCCUCUCCUUCACCGCCAUCUUCUGCUUCCGAGGAGACAGCCUCCUGGACAUGUACACCCUCAACUUCGCGCGCUGCGACGUCGUGGGCCUGGCCGCUGUGCGCUUCUUCCUGGGCCUCUUCCCCGUCUUCACCAUCAGCACCAACUUCCCCAUCAUCGCCGUGACCCUCCGCAACAACUGGAAGACGCUCUUCCACCGCGAGGGUGGCACGUACCCCUGGGUGGUGGACCGUGUGGUGUUCCCCACCAUCACCUUGCUGCCCCCCGUGCUGGUGGCCUUCUGCACCCACGACCUGGAGUCGCUGGUGGGCAUCACCGGGGCCUACGCGGGCACAGGCAUCCAGUACAUCAUCCCCGCCUUCCUGGUGUACCUCUGCCGCAGGGACACACAGCUGGCCUUUGGCUUCGGGACCAUCAACAAGCACGGGUCCCCUUUCCGCCACACCUUCUGGGUGGGCUUUGUGCUGCUCUGGGCUUUCUCCUGCUUCUUAUUUGUCACCGCCAACAUCGUCCUCAGCGAGACCAAGCUCUGAUGGCAGGACAUGUCUGGUGACGAGAGAGGUAGGGGUCCCACUCCGUCCUCCCUGCCGGCAAAGCCAAGAGCUAGUUGCCUCCCAGGUCUUCCUGGGGCAGGCAAGGCCCAGGUUCUUGGAAGGGACCCUCCACUCCCCCAGCUGGGGCUCUUCUCCCCACCCAGGACUCCACAGUCUGCACCUCGCCUCACUUGCCGGGGUCACCUUCCUCCGGGUCCUCCUACUUGGGGCUGCCCCCCUGGCCAGCCGAGUCCCACAGCCCAGGCACGCGGCUGCUCCCAGAUUAUUGCUCGGACUGGUUACUGGAAUCGAUUCCUCUGCUUUCACACCCACCCACCACCCCAGGCGGGCUCCUCCCCCUGCACAGUGGAGAUGCAGUGCUGGCACUGCCACUAUUUAUACCAGACACAUGUUCCCCCACUGCCACCGCCCCCUCCCAGUUCCUCCCGCAUCCUCGUCUGGGAAAUCUACUACAUUAGGGCAACCCCAGCCCUCCCCCUCCUCCCACCAGGACUGCGAGUGACAGGGCUCACCUUCCCGCCAGGCCUGGGGGUGCCAAGUGCCUCUCCUGGGGGAGUGCCUGGCCACUGAUGACAAGGACAGGAAGUGCUAAUCAGUACCAGGGUCCCCAGGCCAGAGCUGUGAGUUCCCUGCUGUGGGCGCUGUGGUGUCUCUGGAGCAGCGGGCGGGAGCAGCCCUUCCGUUGGUGACACAGCAGCCCGUGCCUGGGGAUUAAAGCCCAGAGCUUGUGACCCCUGAAAGGGAUCCUCUGCCCUUCUGACUGGGGUCCCUGGGGCCUCCUGCAGUGUGGGGGGGCAGCGUAUAAGGCCCACUAGACGGGAGCUCUCCCCAUCUGUCACCACAGUAGCUUGUAGGCCCUGGUUCCCACUGCGUGAGAGGUCAGGCCUGCCCCCUGUCCCUGCUGUCCCUGCUCCCACUCCAACACUUAACUGGCUCCCUCUCAAGCCAGGCUGUGGGUGCUCAGCAUUCACAUACUCCACGUCACUUGGGUGCUGUGGGGUGAGAUGGGGCACUGGCCACCAUUCCCGUGGAAGGAGGGUCAGGUUCCAGGGCCCCUCACCAGCUCCUCUGGUCCCCUCCCCCUCACAAUCAUGCACGUACCUGCUGGGCCAGCCUUCCUGGGAAACAGGUGACUCUAAUGAACUCUGCAUUUUCAAUGUGCCUUCUCCUGCUUCAGGACCUGGGGGCCCCUCCUGGCCCUCCCUGGUGUGACCCCAUGCCCUGGGCCUAACCCUGCCUGUCCUGGAUCCCAGAGCAGCCUGACCAGGAGCUGCCCCUCUGGGGUGGGGUCUCAGGCCCCUCCCCAGCCCUCUUUUGAUUUCAGUGCCUUGCUCAACCCUCCGGGGAACCUCUGCGGCCUCCCCCCUGCAUCCCACCGUCUUUGGACUUUGGACAGAGCGAGGACGCCAGGUCUCCCGGGGCCUCAGGGAACAGGGAGGGGGACACGGGAUUCGCAAAAACAAGCGGCGUCUGGAGGCGCCGCCGGCCCCUCCCCUCUGGCCCAUGGCAGCCCCAGCCUGUGCGAAUCUCGUGUCGUAAGUGGCCGCGAUCAGCUUUCUCACUGUGGUCACACGUCUUCACUUCUCACAGCUUAUCCCUGGCAAUUGUUUUCCACCCUCGUCAAAGAAAGACGCCUCUUCCCCAUCUGCCGUCGUGGCUGCUUCCUAGGGAGCCUCGCCCCAGGGUGGGCGGAGCCGGGAGGCCUCCACAGUGGCCCCGCCCCCUGUAGCUCAGCCCCUCCCUGGAGCAGCCUGGCUGUUUGGGGAGAACUCAAAACAUCUGUACCUACCCUUCUCCAAUUACAUCCCUACUUGCUUAAGGACAAAGCAAAUUAAAUCAUCCUGCCACCUCAGGCUCCAAACCAAAUUUUGGACACAAAUUUAUUAGCAGCGUAAAGCCCAGGUUGAUUUAUGUGACAAUCUGGAGUCACACAGCAGUGGAGUCGGAUGGCUGCAUUCCCCUCCACCUCUUGAGCUGAGCAGCCCCAGUCCUGGAAGGAAUUGGCUGGCGGUGACCAUGUCACUGAUGGCAAACCAGGGCCCCCACCCCUGCAACAGUCUGGAUUCCUUUGCUCCUUGGUGUUCACCUGCUGUCUGUCCUGCUGAAAGUCAGUUGGGGUGGCCUUCCACUCUAUGUUGAUAGCCGUGGGGGUGGGGGGCUUGGGGCUAAGGGGAGAGGACUGAGGACCCUGAGAGCUAGACAUUCCCCAGGUGAUGCUCACCUUGCCCAUCCAGCUUGUCUGGCUGUGAGUUUUUACAUCAGCCUGGAGAGGUGGGCAAGUUGGGUUAUGGUUUCCAUUCUACAGAUGGGCCCUGGUGUCAGUAGUGGGGCACCAGCCCAGCCUGGCCCAGGUACAAGUGUCACUGUGGAGGAGAACGCAAACUCAUCAGCCUUUGCCCAAUGCCACUCACUCGCUCUGCCCCAGACGGGUCCCGAGGGCAGGCCAGGUCAAGGUGGGAGUCAGCGGUCUCUUGUCUUGUCCCCUGCCGAUGCACGCGUGCCAUUGUGCCAGCAGCUCCUGGCUGUGCCCUCACCUGAGGCCAGAGAGGCAGCUGCGGGCUUGGGGAUGGGGCAGAUGGCAGGUGACAGGCUGGGAGGCACUGCUGAGUGGUGGGAGGUGGGCAGCAGGCACCUCUGCGCCCCCUCCCCACACACAGGCCCCCAGGAAAAAAGGUGGUGUGAACCCUGAGCCGCACAGGAAAGACAGAGGGAGAAACAGUGAUGGCAGCAGCAGGAGGGAACAGGGUAAGACAGAAUUUCUGUUGCUGAGACUGGUGACUAAAGGCCUCUCUCUUCCUGGAGCCUCCCAAAAGAGAAAAAAAAAAACAGCAGUUGGGUCUGGUGUCUGGGUUCAGCCUUCUCUUUGCUAUGCAGUCACGCCCUUGUUUAUGACGAUUGAAUAUCUAGAGCCUCAAUUCACUCUCCAACAUAGCUGCUCCCUCCUCCCCUGCCAGGCUUUCUGCCCUCCCCUUGGUAAUACAGGACCCUUCGUUGGUCCUCCUGCAGAGGGGCAGAGGGCAUCGCAGCUCCAAAACUGGAGGAGGCAUCCUUCCUGCCUCCACUGGCCAGAAUACACUCCUAGAGAAGGAGCAAGGCAGCCAAGAGCCUGGCCCCAGGAGCAGGAUUGGCCCCAUCUUAGAGCCAGCCAGCAGCAGGUUUAGCUCCACAUGCGGCUUUUAAUUAUCUUUCCAGUUCUUGGUUAUUAAUGAUCUUAAGCAGUGAGCAGAGAGCAGCCUGGAUCUCACACCUCCUCCCAGCCUCACCUGCUGCAGCCUUCCACCCAGAGCUGCACUCAGACCCAGACCGGGCAGCAGGACAGGUUAGGUCCAGGGGCUGGUGGGCAAGAGUUAACCCUCUCAUCACCAGCGACUGCGACCAAGGUUAAGCUCCCUUCCUCAGCACUGGCCUCUAGCACUCACCUAGACUCACAUUCAACAUCUGUUGUGGAGCCCCCGAUCCUGGACCUGGACCCAUGAAAAUCCAUAGGGCAGAAACAUGAAACUGACUGUAAUGGACAAGGACUACCCAUUCUCUCAGUGUACCUAGGCUCUCCAGCCAGGAAUGGAGAGGUAUUAGAAAUUUCCCCACUCUACCACUUCAGCUGCUCUCAUUCCUAAAACCAAACAAAAUCUUCCAGUUUUCAUGGCCCCAAUCCCCGAAGUGGAGUAUUUGGAGACUGGAGAGGGGACCCAGCUUCCUGGGAGCCAGCAAGGAGCUGUGUGGGAAAGAGCUCUGGGCAUCCAGCACUGCCCUCCCGACCUCCUCUCUACUGCAUGGAGUUAGUUUCUGCCCUGCUUCACCCAAAUGGUCAAGAACUGCAAGGCCCCAGGCUGCACAUGCUCACAGUUAGAAAAGGUUCUGACAGCACCAAUCAUGCUCACUGUUUUUGCAGAAUGAAUGGAAGUGUGAGUGCAUGCUUGCUUCACAGUCACUGUGGGGAUACAUGUAACCAAUGUCUUUUAAUGUGAAGACAUUAAAAAUGGUCAGGAAGA